CUGUUAUGUCGAACUGAGAAAGCGGUAGGAACAGGCUGCUUGGAGUCAUUGGUCAUCAGAACGUUUCUUGUGGAUUCUCCUUUUCUAAAUUCCACGCAACUUUCCAUAUCGGCGGCAACAAUUGAAUGA